GAUUUGGAACGAAAGCAAAAUGGCUCGAGGACGCAAGAGCAAUAGCAUCAAACAGAGYGACUUCACUAACAGCACCAACCCGCAGGAUUUAGAGAGACGACUUUUUGUCGGCAAUUUGCCCACUGACCACAUGACGCGUGAAGAAAUGGAAGAGAUAUUUUCAAAAUAUGGCAAAAUAAGGGCCCUCAGCAUGUUCCACGGCUACGGGUUCGUGCAGUACGAGCGGCUGGAAGACGUGCAGGCCGCUCUGGACGGCGAGAAGGGGCGCCUCUUUAAAGGGUAUAGAUUAGAUAUUAAUAAAGCAGCGGAAAGAAGAAAUAUGAAUAAGGCUUCAUCAAGGUCCAGCCCGACGCGAAGAGAGCAAUAUGCCUACGGGGAUGGCCGAGACGCCAGGCGCGAUCGCUCCCCACUCCGGGGGAGCCCACGAAGAGACCCAAGAGACGGCCGAGAUGGUAGAAACGGGCGAGAGUCCAGAGAUGCUCGAGAUAUUCGAGCUAGAGAUAUGCACGAUGCCAGAGACCACAGGGGCCCCCGGGACAUGCGAGACCCCAGAGAUCUUAGAGACCCCCGCGAUAUCAGGGAUCCAAGGGACUUGCGGGACCCUCGUGAUGUCAGAGAUCUUCGUGAUCCACGGGAGCCAAUGUAUGAUAGAUACAGGGAUCCACGUGAUGUGAGGAAUCCACGAGAUAUGAGAGAUCCACGUGACAUCAGGGAUCUGCGGGAUGUGAGAGAUCCUCGGGACCCCAUGUACAGACGAGAUGAAGCCUAUGACCGUUACCUUCGCUUUGAAGACUACUAUCGGAGGAAGGAUGACUCUUACUAUGACCGUUACAAAGAGCAUUUUGAUAGAGCUCCAGUGAAUUCAGAAGACCGUCUCAAGCGUGAGGAGCGACGUCGAGAGGAACUGUACCGUCAGUACUACGAGGAAAUCAAGAGACGUUUUGAUGCAGAGAGGCCUGUGGAUUGUUCUGUGAUAGUGGUGAAUAAGCAGACUAAGGAGUACGCAGAGUCGGUGGGACGGAAGGUGCGGGACCUGGGCAUGGUCGUGGACCUCAUCUUCCUCAACACAGAGAUGUCACUGACGCAAGCCCUGGACGAUGUGAGCAGAGGAGGGUCUCCUUUUGCCAUCGUCAUCACCCAGCAGCAUCAAGUUCACCGCUCUUGCACUGUUAACAUCAUGUUUGGCACCCCACAAGAACACCGCAACAUGCCCCAAGCUGAUGCCAUGGUGUUGGUGGCAAGAAAUUAUGAGCGCUACAAGACAGAAUCACGAGAGAAGGAGCGUGAGGAGAUAGCCAGGCAGGCUGCCAAGAUGGCAGAUGAAGCCGUUCUCCAAGAACGGGAGCGCCCACCGCCCAUGGAGGAGGGUGUCAGGGGAGGUCACCCCCCCGGGAUCCAGACUCUGCUGAACCUGCUGGCAGACAAUCGCUAUCUAACUGCUGAGGAGACGGAUAAAGUCAUUAAUUACUUGCGAGACCGUAAGGAAAGGUUACUUAGGGGGAGCACGGAUUCUCUGCAGGCACCCAUGUCAAGGCAGUCUUUGGGGGCACCUUCAGGAUCAUCCCUGGGCAGCCAGUCCAGCCUCCCGAGCUCCCAGGCUCAUCAGGGUUCGCAGCCUUUGGUCUCUGCUCCUUCUGUUCCAGUGUCCGCUGCUAAUCCUCAGCAGGAGCUUCAGGCCAAAAUCCUCAGUCUCUUCAACAGCGGGGCAGCAGCGGCAGCUGCUGUAGCCAGCAGCGGUUCUGCAGCCUCAGCUGGCUCCUCGGGCGGCACUCCCAGUCAGAACUUUGCUAACAUGGCCAGCAGCCAGGCCCGCUCGGCGCCGAUGAGCGCUGCAAACUUAAACCAAGCCCAGCAGAGAUUGCAGGCUCCAAGCACGCAGCUCCCGGCUCUGCAGGGCCCCUCAAGGAAUGCAGGUCCGAGACCCGGAGCUCCUCCGCCAGCUCAGUCACUCUACGGUCAGCACCAGAACCGCCUGCCUGCUCCCGGGAAUGUACCUGCUCCAAGGCCAGUAUCUUCUGGUAUCAACUUUGACAACCCUAGUGUACAGAAAGCAUUGGACACCCUUAUCCAGAGUGGUCCUGCGCUCUCCCACCUUGUGAGCCAAACAGUGGCCCAGGGGCGAGCAGGGUCCUCAGCCCAGCAACCAAUGGGUUCCUACCAGCGACACUAUUAAAGCUGAGCUGUCAAGCCCUUUCCCUCCCCUUUGCCAUUCCAUACAUAUAGCUGUUUAAAGAGUCUCCUGUUUUUGACACAGGACAAAUGCCCCUGGAUGUGCAUGGCCUCUCCACUUCGGUGAGAGUCUGCCCCCAGUGGCAUUGCCACUGAGUGUUGCUAGCACUGCUCUUCCUCAUGUUGAUCUGGUUAGCAACAUCUGGAGAGCUGUGCUCCACUUUCUCAGCGGCAGGAUAUGCUGGGAGCUGCUGUUUUGUCCAAGCCAGAAGUUGCUGCAGUGACAGCCCUUCUGCAUUUUCCUCUCUCAUGAUAGCUGGUGCACCUUCACAUUGCAGUGCAGUCUGAUCUCACAGAACGGUCUUAACUGUAGUUUUUGGGUCAGUAGUUUUGAGAAAAUGAGACAGGGGAGUGAGCAGAGUGGUACCCUGACUGGGACUUGAGACACACCUUUUUGAAAUGGGCACUCUUUCUUUCUUCCUUUUUUUUUUUUCCUUUUUUUUUAAUGGCAUAUAAGCCCAUUUAAAAGAAAAGUAUGGUGGUAGUGUUAGCAGCUGAACUCAUAAAGUACAUGUCUAACCACCGCUCAGUAAGCGAGGACAGCGCAGUUUGGCCCUUGCAGAGCCACGACCGUCCCCUGUCAGAGAGGCAAACAUAAACAGUCUUUACCUGGCCAACGUGAUGGAAAUUGGAAGCUUGGUCUGAGCACUGUGGAUAUCUGGCAGUGAGAACUUGCAGCCAAGGCUAAGAAUUCAGGUAUUCUGUCAAUUUCCCUGUACUCAAGUAGCCAGAUUCCAGAGGAGUCUCUUAAAUCGGGCAUGUAAAUUUCCUUUCCUUAUGAUACUGCUUUGGGGCAGUUGACUGCUGUGGCGCAGCUCUCAGAAAUAACUGCAGCCGGUUUCCACGUGGUGGGUGCCUGUCCUCUGAACUUUCAUCUUGCUGUUGAUUGAUAUUUUAUCCAUCUCAGGUGCAAGAGGCAGUGCCAAGAUGCAAUAGUUGUGUUUUAUACAUCUUUUUCAAUACUUUGGUUACUGCAGUCAACAGUUGAAUGGGAAAUCAGGCAGAAUCUUCACCAUGUUUUUAACCAGUGACAUACUUUGAUACAGAACACAAGACAUCUCUGUGGUCCUCCUUUGCACAGCCUUUCUUGCAGUCUGUGGGCUUCCUGCAGGGGAUUGACAGAAACUAAAAAACAAAGUUCAUGGA